AUGAAAUCAAAAUCUUCAGAUCUUUGUUUCUUCCGUGCAGAAGAGAGUAAGUAUUGGGAAUGGUUAGAGACCAAACUCAUGUCUAGUUUACCUUUGAUCACUCUGAAAUAGGUUGAGGACUACACGGUUGGUUACAUGAAGCAGGUGAAGCUAACAUGAUUUUAUCUUUCUGUUUUUUUCAGGGAGUUUCUUGGACCCUCUAGAAUGCAGAUUGGGAGAACGUGAGAACAGCUGCAAGAGAAAGUCUGAGGAGCCGCUCAAUGAAAGACCCAGCAAGAGGAGCAGGACGAGCCUAAGUCCCUCCGACAGCGGCAACCUGAAGGUUCACUGUCUUUCACUGAGUUCAGACUCCUCCACUGAGUCCUCUGUCUGCUCAGGUAAGAUGAGAAAGAAAUGACAGAAAAGUUAAUUAAGCUUGUGUUAAUCGGGUAAAUGCUACUUUGAGACAUAAUUCAUGUAAACAUCAUUGUGAGUUAGACUUUGUGUUUUUGUUGAGGUUUAGUGAACAAUGUCUUCACUUUAUACUUAAAUAUGAAAAGUAGUUAUUUUCUGAGACAGGGAGAAUUUCAAAUGAAGGCCUGCCUCAAAUGAAGGCCUGUUUUAUAUGAAGGCCUGGUAGCUGAGGCUGUAAAAUCAAAUAACCCAGCAAAAGUUGUCUCUAAUUCAGUUGCCAUGGAAACAUUAAUACAAACAUGCCCGAUAAUUGGAGUCUUUUGUUUACGUUUGAAUUUUGACAGAAUUUAUGACCUGACCAAGGACAGGAUGUAUGUACUUGAACAUCUAAAAGCUUGUCAGCUUCUUCGAUUGCUUGAGAGAGAGAGACAGACAGAUAGAGAGAUAUCAAAUCCAAACCCUGUAAUAUCAAUCGAACUGUUCGGACUGAUCAGUGAUUCACAAAGUUGGAAAUCAUCGGUGCUUGAGAAUCGUGAAAUCCAAAUCUUUUUUUUUUUCUUUUGAAAUCCAAAUCUUUGAAUACCAAUCAAACUGAUCAGCUAUGAGAACAAUGGAAUCAACAUUUCCAGAUGUUCGUUUCUUCUGUGCAGAAGAGAGUAAGUAUUGAGAAUGGUUAGAGACCAAACUCAUGUCUUGUUUACCUUUGAUCACUCUGAAAUAGGUUGAGGACUACACGGUUGGUUACAUGAAGCAGGUGAAGCUAACAUGAUUUUAUCUUUCUGUUUUUUUCAGGGAGUUUCUUGGACCCUCUAGAAUGCAGAUUGGGAGAACAUGAGAACAGCUGCAAGAGGAAGUCUGAGGAACCGCUCAAUGAAAGAUCCAGCAAGAGGAGCAGGACGAGCCUAAGUCCCUCCGACAGCGGCAACCUGAAGGUUCACUGUCUUUCACUGAGUUCAGACUCCUCCACUGAGUCUUCUGUCUGCUCAAGUAAGAUGAGAAAGAAAUGACAGAAAAGUUAAUUAAGCUUGUGUUAAUCGGGUAAAUGCUACUUUGAGACAUAAGAGCAAGUCGCGUACCAGAUAAUUGGAACUGGAGAGUCAUGUACCAGUGUGCCUGGUUUGGCAUUUGAUGUUGGCUCUCUGAUUUUUUAAUUCAUGUCAACCUUAUUCUAGCUGGCUUCCAUGAAUAAUAUGUUUAUAUUUGUGUCCUCUCUUGUCUUCUUGGUUGUCUCCCUUGUUCAGAAGACAGCUGGUUCCCCUUUCUGAGCAGUGAGUCUGUGCCAAAGACGAAGAGCAGCAGUAAAAGAAAGGCCACCACUGAUGUGACUGAAGAGAGCCCAAGAAAGAGAGGCAGGCUCACCGCCACUGCUGAAGACCACCUUGAGACCUCCAAAGGGAACCUUCACGUCUCAUCAGCAGAAAUUUUCUAUUCCAACACAAGUGGUAAGAUAGCAAAGAAAUGAAAUUUUUACAUAAAGGCCUUAUGAAAUUCAAUGUUGAGUAUGUUUGAUCAUUGCAGUACAAUUCUUAGUAGUAAGUAAGACUAGUUUUAUUAAACUGUUUUUGUGUUUCUUGUUUUUGUAGCUGCCCUCCACGCAAAAUAUACAGAGAGGGACCUGCUUGGAGUAGGAGGAUACGGUGCAGUCUAUGAUGGAUUUAGAAAUGAGGACAAUCUACCAGUAAGAUUAAAUGUUCCAUACACCAUACACUUUAUGUACCAGUGUAUAAACAUCCCCAUGCUUUUUCGCUUUGUACUCAGUGUGAGCUAACCAUGGUCUUCCUGUGUUUCCUUUAGGUUGCCAUCAAACAUAUUCCUCAAUCACGCGUUAAGCGCAUAUCGGUAAGUAAGGGACUGUGUCCACUCACAGCUGUUGAUUUUUAUAAACUGACAGCGCCCAAUUCUCAGUUUCAGACACUUUUUACAAUGUUAUUUUGUUUAAAAAAAUGUCCUCUGUCACUUCAGUUCCAUGACAAGUGACUGAUUUUAGUCUGUGAGAAAAUGCUCCAUAUUUUUUUUAUUCUAUUUUUUUAUUUUAAGAUUAACGAGGAAAACAUCGACUCUGUCCCCCUGGAGGUGGUGAUCAUGCAGAAAGUGCAGUCAGGCACCCCAGGAACCAGUGCAGUCGUGGCCCUGCUUGACUGGUACGAUCUAGAAGAGGAGCUGAUACUCGUCCUAGAGAGACCAGUGCCCUGCAUGGAUCUGUUUGAUUAUGUGUUACGAACAGAAUCCCACAUAACAGAGAGUGAGGAAAUAGUAAGUACUUGAUGAAAUGAGUUUUGCAGUGUUUUCUUUUUGCACUGUCUGCACCAUGAUACUCAAUCUGUGUGUAUCUCCCUUUCCACCUCAGAUCCUGACAAAACAGUUGGUAGAUGCCCUCAUAGAGAUCCACUCAAGAGGAGUUUUCCACAACGACAUCAAGUUGGACAACUUCCUGAUCGAGUAUGGCUCUGCAGUCCCUCGUGUGAGACUUAUAGACUUUGGCUGCAGCACUUUUCUGACUGAGGGGACGUACCAUUCACGGCAAGGUAAGCUGUCUCUCAAUAAACAUUGUUGUUUAAGGGCUUUCCACAAGCAUCAGGUAGUCAGUCAAUGUAAAAAAGUAGGCCACUUACAGUGUUAGCAGUCACUGUAUGAACUGAGUUUGAGAUUUUAAAAUAUCAGAUAUAAGUUUGCAGUGGCCUUUCUUGCCAAUAGCCAGUGUCUGUGGAAAGCCCUGUUCUCUUUUUGAAACCUACCAAACAAAGUUGCUGUGUCAGUCCACAACAUCUUUCCUAAUCUCCUCUGUGUGUGUGUGUGUCUUUUGUAGGAACCUCUGUGUUUAGCUCCCCUGAGUGGUUCAUCACGAAGAGCUACAGAGCUGAACCAGCUACAGUAUGGCAGCUUGGAGUAGCAGUUUAUACUAUGGUUCAUGGAUGCUAUCCUUUUGAUACCACUGAGGAAGUCAUUUACAACGAGCUACAUGUCGACAGAAAACUUUCCAACAGUAAGUAAUCACACCCACAUAAAGUCAGUUUAAGCACAGUUAGAUCCACAGUAAGUGUUUGUAUUCGACCAUUGACCAUUUCUGUUUUGUCUCUCCAGACUGCAAGGAUUUUCUGUUCAAGAGUCUGUCUAAAAAUCCAGAGACAAGAGCAACCCUGGCAGCACUAAGGGACCACCCUUGGCUGGCAUAAAACAAACAAACAAACAAAUAAAUAAAGAAACACAAAGGCUCACUGAGAAGUACAAGUCUGAGGUCCUCAUUGUCAAACCAGAGCCAAAGAUCUAGUCUCACAUAGACCAGAGCAUCCCAAGC